AAACUACCUGACCGAGACUGCUGCUGGGCUGUGACGUCACGGCGCACCGCCGCCCUGCAGUGUCAGUGAUUUUAGAAAAGCUCUGGAGGGCGAGACGGCCCACCAUCAACACAGUACACCACUAUCACUAUCGGAAUCCACCAGACAUCUUCAAGCUGCACGGACUUAAAGAAAACCGCCGAGUCAACGAGGACACGCGAAAACGUAACGGAUUUGCGGUGCACGCCGAACUCUGGCUGGGUCGCGCGCAUCUGCUUGUGUGCUGGUGCGUCGGGCUCGGUCGCUGCGACUGUUGGAUUUCAAAUCUAAAUAGACACACAAGCUAAAGUAUCUCGCCUUCGCGAAUUUAGCUAUCGGAACAGAGCGUCAUUGCCUGGGUGGAGUUGCAGUGCAUCGUUCAAUUAUGCAUGAAGAAGCAGCGGCUAGCGCACUAGCAGCGCGAGCUAACCACUGUCCCGUAUUAUGACAGUGAUCUGCAUGCCUACAGCGUUUGAUCACGCGCGGCAGUCAAGCGCGUUUGACUUUGAUGCUGGUGCUGGACAGGAUCUCCGGUAGAAAUUAACUUUUGCCCGUCAUUUCAUUGACAUGGCAAACGGUUAGCCUGUGCAGGCCUAGCUAGCCACUGUGUUAGCUAGUAGAAAUCACUUCACUGGAUUAUAGGCAGCAUGCAAACCUAAACGGUUUGUUUGUAGCGAGGGAGCCAGUGGACGUGUAAUACAGUAUGUUAUAGAUGCGGAGCGAGUAGAUGGCUGACAGCCAGCUUCUAGGGUACUGCCAACUUGACAAAACAGGGUUUUAAUAUCUGAAAAAGUGGCAGGCGUGUGCGUUUCACAAUGCAUCUUCUCAAUGCAAAUUCGGGUAGUGUCACUGAAGCAAAUGCUUGGAUAAUAGAGGCACUGCCUCCAGCUAGCUAGCUCUUUGAGGAGUAACAUGUCAGGUCUUGAGUCGAUUUUAUGCUCUAAAUAAGCAAGCCACUCGUUCAGCCUCAGCUGGCAAUUGUAGCUCGGUUAUCACUGAGAGAGGGGAUGCCCUAAACACUUUAAGCAUGUCUAGCAAAGCUUCAGUUAAAGAGAAGAAGUCCGGCUUCAGCAAGAAGCUCUUCCGCCGGGGCUCGGUGCGCUCCGUGGGGAGUUUCAUGAGCAGAGUCCUGAAGACUCUGUCCACGCUCUCUCAUUUCAGCUCGGAGCUGCACGCGCCGGAGGGCGACAAGGACGAUGGGGGGUUCACAGCCUUCAAGAACGAAGGCAAGGGAUCCGUCGCGUCGGACGAGAGCGACUGCGGGGGGUUUCUGUCCGGGGACAAAAUCCCCGGAGUGGCCGGUUUGAAAAACCACGGCAAUACGUGUUUCAUGAACGCUAUUCUGCAGUGCCUGAGCAACACGGAGCUGUUCGCCGAGUAUUUGGCUCUGGAGCAGUAUCGAGGUGAUCAGACGGAUGACGAGAAACCCAAGACGAACGGGGUCGUGCAGAGGAAGGGCGGUCAGGACAAAGGAGAGGUGACAGAGCAGCUGUCGGGAUUGGUCCGAGCCCUGUGGACUUUUGAGUACACGCCGCAGCACAGUCGAGACUUCAAAAAUGCUGUGGCCAAGAGUGCCAUGCAGUACCGAGGAAAUGCACAGCACGAUGCCCAGGAGUUCCUUCUCUGGCUACUGGACCGUGUCCAUGAAGACCUCAACCAUCUUGUACACCCUACCAUUAGAGGCUCUAUAAAGCCACCUAUUGAGGAAGAUGAUGGAGCAUUAGAGGGACCUUCACCUCCUCUUUCAGCUGGCUCAUUUGUCCAAGAGCUGUUUCAAGCUCAGUACAGAUCCUCGCUUACCUGUCCCCACUGUCAGAAACAGAGCAACACUUUUGAUCCUUUUCUUUGCAUCUCCCUCCCGAUUCCAUUACCUCACACACGGCCUCUGUAUGUGACGGUGGUUUAUCAAGGCAAGUACUCUCACUGCAUGAGGAUUGGUGUGGCCGUACCACUCAACAGCACUGUGUCCAGACUGAGAGAGGCCGUAUCACGCGAGACCAAGAUCCCACCAGACCAGUUUGUCCUGACUGAAAUGUAUUACGACGGUUUCCACCGGUCCUUUUGUGACGAUGACGACGAUCUUGAUAUCAUUCAAGAAAGUGACUCAAUCUUUGCUUUUGAAACUCCUGAGACUUUUAGAUUAGAAAACAUUCGCUCUAAAAGAGGGAGCCUUCUUGCAAAUUUGAAUCAGAACAAUUUGAAAUACGGAGCAGAGAGCAGCCGAACGCCGUCUUUCAUGCAGGGUGCAAUGAAUCCAGCUUCACCCAACAAAAACACUGGAUGUGAGAAAAUGAUUCUGCUGAUCUGCAACAGAGCCUGCACUGGCCACCAAGGACGGAGGUUUGGUCUUCCAUUCGUACUGUAUCUAGAACGCAGUGUGACAUGGGAUGUCUUACAGAAAGAAAUUUUGGAGAAAAUGCGUCACCUACUAAGGCCAGGGGUUUACAUUCAGGUUGGACCUUUUAGUCUGCGUGUGGUCGGAGUGGUUGGAAUCACAUAUCUGUUGCCACAAGAGGAGCAGCCACUAUGUCACCCCACUGUGGAAAGAGCAUAUAAAUCCUGUGGACCAGGAGGACCUCCUCAUGUUAAGAUUGUAGUGGAGUGGGACAAAGAGACCAAGGAAUAUUUGUUUGGACACACUGAGGAAGAGUACAUCCCUGAUGCUGAGAGUGUGUAUCUGCACAGAGAGCAGCACCAUCAGCCGCAGGCCUGCACCCUCGCUCAGUGCUUCCAGCUCUACACCAAAGAGGAGCAGUUGGCCCCAGAUGAUGCCUGGCGCUGCCCCCAUUGCAGGCAGCUCCAACAGGGUCGGAUCAAACUCAGCCUGUGGACCCUGCCUGAUGUUCUCAUACUGCACCUCAAGAGGUUUAGACAGGAAGGGGAUAGGAGGGUUAAGAUGCAAAACAUGGUGAGAUUUCCUUUGAUUGGCAUGGAUAUGGCACCCCAUGUGGUGAAGAGAAGCCAGAGCAGCUGGAGCUUACCCUCCCACUGGUCACCAUGGAGACGACCUUACGGACUUGGCCGAAACCCAGACGACUACCUUUAUGACCUCUAUGCUGUGUGUAAUCAUCAUGGAAACAUGCAUGGGGGGCAUUACACAGCGUAUUGUAAGAACUCCAUUGAUGGGCAGUGGUAUUGCUUUGAUGACAGUGAGGUUCAGCCUAUAGCUGAUGAGGAUGUCUGUCAGCAGACUGCAUACAUUCUGUUCUAUCAAAGGAGAACAACUAUUCCCUCAUGGUCAGCAAACAGCUCUGUUGCAGGUUCCACCAGCUCAUCUUUAUGUGAACACUGGGUUAACCGGCUUCCAGGCAGCAGGCCGCCCAGCCUGGCCUCUGGAGCCUCCUCAAGACGCACAUCCCUGAUCUCUUUGGCAGAGUCAGUGGAGUUCCCCGGUGAUCGAAGUGAAGACGAUGCUUUAGCGCUUACUAACACAGGAUCUCCCGCCUUGCUCAGAGGAUUUUCAACGCGGCCCUUCGUGAGAAGCAUUCAGCGGCAGAGCUUGUCAUCUAGAUCAUCGGUUACCAGCCCUCUGGCUUUCAGUGAAAAUGGGAUGAAACCUUCCUGGUCUCUGUCAACAAAACUACAAAUGAGAUCCAACUCGCCCUCACGAUUUUCUUUGGACUCGCGUUCCUCCCCUCCUCUAGAGAGGAUAGGAGAAGCUUGUGAUGACAAAGUAUCCACAUCCUGCUUCGGUGGCUACAGCAGACAUGAGCGUCAGCCCAGCAGUAAGGCUCCGCUGGCCAUGAUGGAGGGUAAUGGUAGUGAUGACAGCAGUGGGAAAAGGAUCCUAGACGAUGCCUAUUGUAGAGCUCCAACACAAGCUGACAGGAAGAGCUCUAAAGGUGAGCCCAUUGACAACAACAACCAGAUUAAUGCUGUGGACCAGAAUACUCUCGGAGUGCUCUCCAAAGAGCAGAAGCAUAAGAGCUCUGGGUCAGAGAAGAAAGCAGAAGGGUCCGCCAGCAAGAAGAGCUCCACCAAGACCAAGGGAGACCAAGAAAAGCCCUCCAAGAAGCGCCAGAGCACCUCUUCUGUAACGAAAUCUCCAUCCUCCCAAGUGUCUUCCAGCCCUCAAGCAAAGGGCACCAAAGCGACCAAUCUAAAAGAGAAAAGUGAUUCUCCCAAGAGUACAAAGGGUACACCUUCAGGAACGCCCUCCAGAAGGAAAGAGUCCUUGAAGGCACAGGAGUCUCCAGUGUCGGUAGGCACAAAGGGGAAGCCGUCCCUUGCUUCCACACCCCAAUCCUCUGCCUCUCCAUCGCCCACAUCCAAGAAGAGCUCCUCGGUGGCUGAGAGAAACUCUGGCAAGAAGAAGUUGGUGGAGAGAGGCUCCAGCAAGGACUUGGCCCACACCAGUCCCCUUGCAGACAAGUCAAGAGUCAGUGGCACCCCACGGACAUCCCAACCUAGAACUGCCGAGGGAAGCCGGCCCGAGAGGAAGGGGGUGAGGAGCUCCAGCAGUAGCUCCUCAGUCACCAGCCUGCGCUCCCCAAGCGUCUCCUCGAGAGAUCUCCGCCGCAGCAGCAAAUCCGAGGAUAAGGGACUCUCGUUUUUCAAGAGUGCGCUUCGGCAAAAAGAGACUCGGCGGUCGGCCGAUCUGGGCAAGACCACGAUUCUCGCCAAGAAGGCUGUCGAGAGGUCUGCCAAGUCCUGCAGCCAGAACAAACUCAAUGCUGACGAGGGCGAAGGCUCGGGAAACACUUCCCAGCAGGUCUCUCCGGAGCCACGCUCCAGCAAGGCUGCCACUGAUGAGAAAGAGUCCUCGAAGACCUCCACUCCUAACAAGCGCUCUCUCUUACCAGUAGGCAAGUCCAAGUCUUCCAAUUCUGAGACUAAUCUCCAGUCUCCCAUCAAUGGGAAGAGGCCACUUGAAAAGAUGGCAUCCUCUAGAAAGCUUUCUUCCAGCAUGCAAUCCUCUGCACGGCCAACACAGACGCCUCAAUGAAAUUUUAAUAGCCGUUCCAUUAUUUUCUGUAAUGCAGCUAUUUUUUGAUGUGCCUAAGAAGAAUAUAAAGUAUAUAGUAUAUACCUGUAUUUUACUUUUCUCAAAGAAAAUAUGUAAAUUAUCAGAAAGCGCCUUUCUAUCCUGCCAUGGAACCAAAUCGUUGCCUCUGGCAGGGUAUGGUAUAUGAAUCUACUACUGUUCAUGACUCUGAAUAGGAAUGUUUUAACUUAGCACUUUGUACAUAUUUUUUCUCCCUUAAAUAAUGCUUAGAUGUAAUGGAUAAUAUGUACAAUACUUUUUAACUUGGUACCUUUUUUUUUGUCUUUAGACAAGUCACUUAUGAUGAAAUUAGAUUCUUGCGAUAUUCCUUGGAGUACUGUACCAAUUCACUCCACAUCUACACUUGGUGCUAUUUACAGUCCAGUGUUCCCCUGGCACUGAUACAGUAUGAGAUCAAGAAGAGUUACAUCAUGAAGCCUGGCGAAUUUGAAGCUGUAGACUCAAUGGGGUUCAGCAGUGAACGAUCUCAUUGGUACCUCUCAAAGGCUGCUCUCCUACCCCAACUCUUUCCUUUUAUACUCGAGAGCAGUUACAAGUGUUCAAGUAGCAUUACUGCCCUAAGAAAUGUGCCGAUAGCUGAACUGUUGCUGUAUGAAUGUGAUCUUUCGAUUGGUAAAUUAGUGGAGGACAAUCUUUAAACUCAAUCUAUUUAGUUUAUGCCAGCAAAAUGCUGUGUGAUCUCCUUAUCUGGAUAUUAAUGGAGGCCGUGUAAGCCCUGCAUGAAAUUGUUUUGUAUAUCUUUGUUUUUAUAAUGAAAUUUUGAAAGCCACAUAAUCAUACUUGAACCAUUUCAUGCCCGCCAAAUCCAAUGCCAACAUAUAUGAGCAGUUUUCAUUUGGCUUGAGUGAGCUGGAGUUGAACCCUUGUGCAACGGUUUUUAUCUCCAUAUUUAUCUGUGGACAACCAGUGCAAUAGUUUUCAACACUUUGUAGGAGAACAGAUAAUAUUGACAUUCCCUAUUUGGGAAUGUUGCCGUUUUAGAGAAAAAUGAUUUUAAAGAUAAAUACUGUGCAUAUGCAAAAGUAAUGGAAAAACAUUUAAUCAAUGUAAAUCAGAAUAUUUUUCAGGAUUGUAAAGCCUCACCAUGAUGGGGUUUCAUUUUUAAUUCUUUUUUCUUUUUUUGUGACAAGAGUUUGUGAUUUAAUAGCCAGUCAAAAUGGCUCUGCAGAAAGAACUUUAUUUUACAUACUUGUCAACACCAUAGUUCACCUAAAUAUAUUUCCAUCUCGAGUAAGCUCAGACAAGUUCAUUUGGACUAAUUCAAAAUGUUAUAUAUGACAGGAGAAAUGUAAGGUUAAACAAGUCAUUAUUGUUACAUUUGCGUAAUGGUGUCAUUACGUCGGCCACUGUUCAGCUUGCUGCCCUGUAAUUAAAACAUUAAUCCAAGUGGUGCUGACGCCACCGUUGAAUCAUUUUCAUGCUGCUUUUUGGUCUCCGAAACCCUUCCCUUUUAGCACACUAUAUCUUAAAAUAGAUACUUUAGCAAUGAACCUAAUGUGUAGCACGCUUUCCACCCUUUUUUUGCGGCAGGCCCAUAUUGUGUGUGCACUGAAAAAGUAUUUGUACAAAGCAGUAUUGCAUGAUUACAUUGACGCAUGCACUUAACUAUGCAAGUGACUGUUGCUAAACAAAACAAGUCUGGUUAUCAAUGUGCUUUUUUUUUAAAAAACGAAAACGGCAUGAAAUUUUCUUUUUAAUGCUUUUUUGCACACUUGUCAAUUUUGAUUUCUUAAAUAUUGCAAUAUGAGAGCAUAAAUUAUUAGCUUUAACUAUAUGUAUUCAAAAAUUUGCAAUUGGCAUUGCAUUUUCAUGCUAUUUUUUUUUCCUUUUAUACACUAUCUUUUUUAAUAUUAUUAUUAAUACUAUUAUUUUAAUUCAUAAGCUGUUCUUUAGGGAAUGACCUCCCUGUUUCCAUGUGAUGAAUUUAGUUUUUGAUAUAUUUUUAUAGUCAACCUAUUUUGAUUUUUUUCACAUUUCGCUGGCGCGAUGUGUUCUGGUCAUGCUUUCACAUGUAUUUUGACCUUUGUCAUCAGCAUUCAUUCAGUGCACACAAUUCCCGCAUCGCUUGAAAUGCUGAUACACUAAACACUACAUUCAUUUUGUCUUUCAUGUCAUUCCAUGUCUCAAGUUGUGAAUUUCUCGGACGAUGAAUUCAGAGAAGUGCUGUUACCCUCUCUAAGUCUUGUUGCAUAUGGGGUAUUUUCAAUGGCUGAAGUGCUAAUAUGACAUGGUCUUAUCAAGCGUUUGGAUAGGACGGAUGACUUUAUCAUUAUAAUGAAGCUGUAUCAGUCUUAUAUGAUAUGAUAUGCGUGCUCUUGGUUUACACACUGGAAUGAUUUCUCUUGGCCCAGAGCAGUUUUCAUGUAUUAUUCACGAACUGGGACCCGCUUUGGUGGGCUUAUAACUUGGGCUGUCAUUUUAUUAUACAAACGUCAGUCUAAGUCAACCAAAAGAGAAAAAUAAUAAUAAACCAUGUAAAUGUUUGGUUGCAUGAGACUGUGUCAAAUGCUUUUUGUUAAUUUAUUUGUAUGUUUUAUGUGUAUGCACUUUUAUUUUUAAUGUUUUUUUUAUUUUAAAUAAUGCAUUUUUUUUGAUGAAUCAUUUGUAUUCAUAACAUUGUCUCCCCCAAUGUAAGUUGGCGGUUGAAUUACGAUUAAAAAAUAAAAAAUAGACCUGUAUUAGAGGUCUAACCUCA